AACUCCCAGCAUGGGUCGACAACAGCAGUUAGCUUUGUGAUCUGCAUUUGAAUAGGAGGUAUAGCGUCGUUAAGCUAAUACGUAAACGCUCCUUAUCACAAAAACCAUUAUGCGUGGCUUGGUCAAAUCUUUAUCUCUGCUGCUGACAGUCUCGUUAAUGUUAAAGUCUUCCAGAUACGUCGAGGUAACCGUUAAGUUAAGAGGACUUUACAGGCUUUGCCAACUGUGUGUAUGCGCUCUGGUGGAGGAGAGGCUUUUACUGGAGGUUUCUGUGGGGAGAAAGGAGGGAGCCAGUCAGUCAGACAGGCGACAGUCAGCGAUGUCUUGGCCUCCGGGCAGAGGCAGAGAGCGAGCCGGCCCGAGCCAAUGAGAAGAAGACAUCCCCACUCCCCUUCUGCCCUGCCCUGCCCGGCUUGGCUCAGCUCGGCGCGCCCUGUAAUUAGGAGCUCUAGCUAGUUGGGUUGGGCGCCGCCACGGUGGACAGCCCGGCUGCUGCGUCAAGGGAGUUUGGGAACGCCAGCUCCAGACUUCGAGUCUGUCUCUAUCUGAACACUCCUGGUUUAGAGCGAACAUUUUUUUGUAAUAUGAACGGGCAGUCCUCACCUGUCUUCGAGGAGAAGAAACCAACCCUCCCCAUGGCUGGGAGCUCCAUCUCGGCGACCAAAGAUUCCCCGACCCUGCCGGAGUCCUCAUCCACAGACAUGGGCUUCUACAGCGGCCAGAGUGUGCUCCACGGAUCGCAGGAUUUCUACCCGGCGCAGCAGUCGUACCCGGCUCAACACAUGAACCCGUACGCGUACCACCACUAUACUAACUUACACGGGAUGGGUUCUGGCGGCGCCUACCCUGUUGGCAAGGCAGAAUACCCUCCUUACCCGCAUUCAGCGUACAGAGAGCAGCACGGUGCAUUCGGCCGGGAGGUCCACUCAACGCUGCCGGACGGUGUGAAAGAGGAACCAGACUUGGAGGUUCGGAUGGUCAACGGGAAGCCCAAGAAGGUGCGCAAGCCCCGGACCAUCUACUCCAGCUACCAGCUGGCCGUCCUGCAGAGGAGAUUCCAGUCGGCACAGUACCUGGCCCUGCCAGAGCGGGCUGAGCUGGCUGCGCAGCUGGGCCUCACACAGACACAGGUCAAAAUCUGGUUCCAGAACCGCCGCUCCAAGUUUAAGAAGCUCUACAAGAGCGGAGAGUUUCCCCUCGGGGAUAUUCCUCUUGAACACAGUCCUGACGCGAGCGAUUCCAUGGCCUGUAACUCUCCCCCAUCCCCAGCUGUGUGGGACAACAACAACAACAACAGCAGCAGCAGCAACAACAACAACAACAACAGUACCAACAGCAGUACCAACAGCAGCGGCGGCAAUAACCGCAACAACACAAGCAGCGACGGCAGCUUCAAGAGUAGCGCAAUGAUGGAUCCUACCAGCAGAGGGCAGGCUCCUUAUCAGCCUCCCGUUGAUUCCUCGCCCGCCUGCAUGGGCGAGUACACACACCAGAACUGGUACCAGCAGCAGGGUGCACAUUUAGGUCUGCCCCAGUCGGGCCCGACGCAUCACGCGCCACCGACGGCACCGUCAGCCACGCCGAGUCUGGGAGCCGUCUACUGACGCUGAAACUUGCGGGGGCGGGUGGGAUUUUUU